AUGGCUAUGGGGCCGGCCCGGGACCUGCAACUGGACCUUACGUCGGAAGUUCUCAUGGAUAUGAAGACCCUAGUCCCAGGGCGGCCGCUCCAGCUUCAGCGCAACCUCCUGGGGAGCAUGCGGCUGGCCCUGCCGCUGGUGCAAACGUUCCCUACUACGGUCAUCAUCCCUCAGUUCCUGGUGCAGCUGUCCGCCCAAGCCCAACAGCCCACGGAGGGGAGCACGGAUCUAGUCAUGCUCACGGUAUGGAAAAGCCUUACCCUGGACCUCCUAUCCCGCAUUACGGUGCGCCGCCUGGGUAUUAUGGAGGACCAUACCCCGGAAAUCAAGGUCAGGUCCCGCCCGGCAUGCCGUAUCCGUAUCAGGGUGUACCUGUGCCGGUUCCUCAACGAAUCGCAGAUUCCACUGACGGAAGGCAGCGACGAUUACGAUAGUAUCAUCGAUAUCGAUCCCGAGGCAUUGGCAUUAUACGAUCAGCAGGUCAAAGAAGCGGCACGCCGGGAGAAUUCCUCCAUGCUUGGGUUGCCCAUUCGCAGCGAAGUCUCGAGAUCGCCAUCCUCCUGCGUGCCACCAAUAAAUCAGUCUCAGGAUCAUUCUGAUUCCACCCCGUCCUUCCAAGCGCUGCCGUCGCCUUCAACUCGGUUUUCAUCGCAGCUUUCAAGUGGAGCGAUGCGCCCUGGCGCUUCUUCCUCCGGCUCCGUUAAGGCCAGCUCGAUUGAAUCCUCAACGCAGAAGAAAGAACGUUCUGAUGACGGCCUUUCGGUAUCAAUGGCAACCGACCCGAGGUUGCACCUUGCGAGCAGCACACCGAGUGUCCCCACGUCCCUGAACAUGGGCAACGUAGACUAUGUGACCAUCGAUAUGCCAGCCGCCGGGGAAACCCCACCGUCCACCAGACAAGGAGUGGCCUUGUCACCUUCUUCAUCGAUUUGGCUACGAUUGAUACGGACGGGUCAAUGGGUCACUAAGAAAGAAACAUCUGCUGAGAGCGUCGAAGAGGCGGGUCUCUCAGAUGUUUCGGAGGAUGGGUCUGCUGGCAACCGCACGAGUCCGCGUAAGCAGAAAGAGGCACAGCGGUCAAAACGAUGGAUGGGCAGCUCAAAUCAAAUGGGAAGUGCCGAAGCUGCGAAACGUGCACCAGAGGAUCCAUUUGCACAAGAUGGAACUGCCACAAUCCAUGCCGAAGCAAAUUCUCUUCGUCAAAUGAAAAGCUUGUUAUUGGAUGGAAGGAAAGAGCCGGAGGAGCCGAAGUAUGACCCGGGGGCGUCAACCGACUAUUUGCACUCCACUAUGCAAGGAUUAUUUGCCCGCACACAGCGGAACGUGCCAUUUCAUGGACAGUCGCGGCGCUUUCCUACUGCCUUGACACCGUCGGGGUCUGUCAUUCAAUACAGCAGACCGUUGAAUGACCGGAUUGAAGACUACUUUUCUACCUCCGCUGCGUCGAACCGCGGCGCUCAAUCUCCGCAUGGUAGCAUUGGGCCUGGACCGAUCACCGAGUUCGGAAGCAUCCCUUCCACGCCUCCAGUCCCCUUUGACAAACCGGAGAUGGUGGGGAUAAAAGUAGACCCAGGGCCACCAACGCUUUCAAAGGGGAGCAAUCGCAGACGUGCGGAUGCGGCAUGCGACAGUCGGAAUGGACGCUCAUCGGAGCAGCAAACAAAGAGCUCGAACGACCGGCUAACAAGCAUUCCAUCCUCUGAGGCCUUGAAGACCUUUCGAAGACGGGUGGUUUCGGAGGGUACGAAGAGGUUGGAAGGGAAAGGGGAGCCCUUAAGCCCGCGGCCCUUAACUUCAAAACGGGACCUGUCAGCUUCCAACGAUCAGACCGACUGUACGACUCAAGAGGUUAUGCUUGUCCCGUCUCAAGUGCAUGGGGCUGACAAGGAUGUGGCAGAAUGCGAUACUGCUCGUAGAACUGAGACGCAAAAGGCGCCCGAGUCCUGGGAUACCGGUUCCUUACCCGUGAUUCACCAUUCUCUGAGCAGAAACCCGACCGCUCCUGUGAUGCCACCAGUCCGGGUCGAACCUCCGGAUCUGAGCGCAUCGUCGCUGAACUUCGAAACCGGCGGGAUGGUCCCGGAAAAGUAUAUGCCGGCGGCAAACUCGGAAAGAAAGACAUCUAGGGUUUUUGCUCGGUUUCAAGGGGGCUCACGGAAAGGCUCUGGGUCGCCACAUCCCGCCUUCCAAGGUCUAUCGGAAGCUAAUUCCCAUCCCGAGAUGGUCAAGAAACCGCCCCGUGGUAUCCUCGAGGCCUUCUUUCAGCCUUUACACGAGAGCCCAUUGACUGAUUGGAGACUACUCUUUCCACUACCCGUCGAGUCCCUUUAUCGUGUGUGGCUAUUCCAUUUGUGGAUGAAGCCUUUCGAACAAAGUGCCUUAGGUCUACUUUGCAUCUUCAAUGUUGGUUGGGCAAUCUUGGAAUGGUGCUUCUACACCACCACACUGCCAACUAUCCACAUCGGAAGCAUGAUCACCGCCGGAGUAUGCCUUUUCGGUUUCAUGUGGACCAUGCGAAUGAGCUGGGAGACUUGGUGGUACAGAUUUAUGUGGAGCAUCAGCAUCCUGCAAGCGCUGAAUGCCCUGAAUGUCUCCGCACAAACCUUGUUCCUCUCUCCAGAAGAUGGCCCGGAAGAUGAGGGCCUCACAUUCAUCCAGCUGUUCACAGUCAGCCGUAUCAUCUUCGUGCAGACUUGUGUCAGCGUGUUCGGUCCAAUCCCGUUUUAUCAGCUUGCUGCGAUUCUUUUCGUCAUCACUGCGGGUCAGGUCGGAAUUGAAGUCGGCUCUCAUUCCAACGAUGAUGGACCGUCAGAAAGAAUUAUCGGAAGCGCCCUACUCUAUGUUGGAACCGCCAUUGUAUGCCUAUAUUUCCGGUACGCUGGCGAGGUACAUCUUCGGAAAGCCUUCAUCAAGUAUCGGGUCGCCUAUCGGAAUCAGGAGCGCCUGUUUGCCGCACGGGAGCAAAGCGAAUACCUUCUGUCGAUGAUCUUACCCGCUAAAGUCAUCGAGACUCUGCAUAAUCUCCAAGGGAGAGUUUCCGACAGACUGAUUCUCAGCACGCAUGAAACUUUCCUUGAAUUACAUGGAGUCACUAUCAUGUUUGCGGAUUUGGUCGGGUUCACCGAAUUCUCUUCGAGUAUCACUGCAGACACGCUGGUCGAGGUUCUCAGUGAAUUAUUCUCGGAGUUCGAUGCUGUUGUCAGCGAGUUUGGACUGGAAACGAUAAAAACCAUUGGUGACUGCAUACAAGUUGCUGGCGGUGUGCCAGAACAGUUGACGAGCGAGGCAGACAUUGCAAAUCAAGCCGAAAAGAUUUGUGCAGUAGCGCUCAUCAUGCUCACAACAACAAAACGGAUUAGCGCCCAUGUGGGACGGACUUUGAAAUUGAGAAUUGGGAUACAUACUGGAACUGUUAUCGGGGGAGUUAUGGGUCUGUGGAAAUUCAAAUAUGACAUCUGGUCAAAGGACGUAGACAUUGCCUCAUAUAUCGAACAAAGCGGCAAACCAGGAAUACCGCAUCUUUCUUACGCUACAUACGCCCUCCUUCAUAAUCACUCGACGUUCUCUUUCAGUCCUGCACAAACCAUCACGGCUUUCGGGAAGGAGAUUCCGACGUAUGACAUGCUUGUCCUCGAGAGCAAUGACGAGAAUCUGGAACAGCUGGCCUCCCGGCUCAGAGUGCGGGAAAGUUUGGACCCACUAGGGAGAAGCAAAAGGGAUGGCAGUGGAGAGGCAGUGACGGCCGCUGCCGUGCGUCAAGCCAUAGGAGCAUCCGGAGCUCUUAUGUUUACGGAGAUAGGCGCGCCUGGAAUGCGGCAUUCUCCUCAUACGAGGAAUAAAAACAACAUCGGAGGAAUGAUGAAAAACUUUGCGCGGAGUAUCAGGUUUUGGCAAAGCACGUUUCGUGACCCAACUAUGGAAGAAAGCUACCGUGACAGCCAUGUCCGAAAUUGGCCAGGUGCUACCAUCGUAUCCUCUUGUGUCGUUUUCAUCCUUUACCUCUGCCUGCUGGGAAUGCACAUCGCCGUGUUCCGAUCUAUAUCGAGCCACACAACAUUUGCGAUCGAAGGCGCUGUCGGUCUUGUGAUGCUUUCCAUCAUCAUCGUGUUGCAUCAAAUCAACUUACCUCUUCGGCAACAAACUAUCGUUAUAAUGGACAAGGGCGACCGACUAGGCAGCGCGCUUUGGAUGAGUUCAGCCGAAGAGAUUGGGAGGCGCCCCAAUCCAGAGUAUGGUCGCGAGCACGUUGCGGGAAUAUUGGAUCAGCAAAGACCGGAUCGUCAAUCGAUAAGCGAUGCAUCUCCCCGAAUGCCAGGCAAAGCCCCAAGAGUUGCCGACAAGUGGGGUUGGCUUCGGCCGAAUACAUCAGCAAUUCUUCUCGCGUUUCUGCUGCUAAUCACCAUCGCUAUCCACUUCGGAUCAUGGGACCCUAGCGUUAUCGUCUAUCAUAACGGAGCCAUGAUGCUCACACUCGUGACGUGCAUUGUGCAUCCUGGGAUAAGAAUGUUCUACUUGAACAUAUUCAUCUUGAUUGCCUCCGCCAUUUAUAUCAUUGUCAUUGCGUCACGAGAGAGCCAGACCUACCUUAUAACGGGAGUGGGCUUAAUCGUCGCCGUCGCGAUUCGCGCCAACAGAACCUUUGAUAUUAUCAGUCGGAUGAAUUUCUACGUGAAGCUGCAGACUGAACGGGACUAUGCGGAAACCAAGUCGACACAGGCAGCGGCGGAGCGAAUGCUUCUCAAUAUCCUGCCGCUAAACGUUGUGCAAAGACUCAAAGACAACCCAGCUCUCCGUAUCGCUGAUGACAAGGAGGAAGUGUCCAUUCUCUUCUGCUUCAUUUCCAACGUUGUGUCACAGGCGGACGCGACGGAAAUCGAGAACAUUUGGACACUCAACGACAUUAUCUGCGAUAUAGAUGCGCUGGCGCGGACGCGGAGUGUUGAAAAGAUCAAAACUAUAGGCAAGUACAUGGCAAUGGCAGAGCCGAUAGCGGAAGUGCCGGAGUAUCAUUUGGAACGCUUGUGUGACUUUGCAUUAGAUCUUCUGGAUGUGGUACGGGCGUUCAAUGCUCGAUCUGGACAAAGUUUUGGUUUACGAACCGGGAUACACGUCGGACCUGCAGUGUGUGGGUUGAUCGGCACGAAAACAUUCACUUUCGACGUAUGGGGCGACACUGUAAAUGUGGCAUCUCGGAUGGAAUCCACAGGAGUAGACGAGAGCAUUCAAGUAACGCAAGCCGUCUACGAUCGCAUAAAGACACGCUUUAUGUUCACUCCCCGUGGAACAGUCUACGUGAAAGGCAAAGGGGAGAUGGAGACCUACUUCCUCACUGGCAGGAACGCAAAAGUUGGAGGAAAAAGGGAUCGGGAGCGUCGAAUAUCAAUGUCCCCGGCACUCGGGAUGCAGAGUUUGCAAUUCCAUUUGCCACACGAGGAUAGCUGA